AUGGCUUUACAUGAAGCUUUAAUAGCUUUACAAACUGGAUGUAGUGGCUUAUUAACAUUAAAACAAGAUGAUCCUCAUUUUAAAAGACGUCUUCCAACAAUCCCGUAUGUUCAUCAAGGUGAAUUAGAAAUACUUGAUCGAUUGACACAAAUUGGUCAACAUUAUCGUACCCUUGAUGAGUUCAUUCAAAAUAUUUUUAGAGAUAAAACAAGUGGUUUGUAUAUAUUAAGCUUUGUUUUUGAACUUCGUUCUAUCCUUCAAUCGUAUCUUCAAUGUUUAAGUCAACUCGAACAUGAAUGUCUUAUUGAUACAUCGUUAACACUUUCACAUCUUCUAAUAUCAUUAACAGAUUAUACAAUUUUAUUUCCUGCUCUUGUUUCACUGAUCAAUAAACUUCAAUCAAAUAAUUAUCGUGGUUGUCAAAUUCUUGAUGUUAUCCGUCGUUGUACAUUAGAUGGCAAUACAAUACUAUCAUCAACUAUGAAACAAUUACUAUCUGCAUGUCAUCGAAUUUUAAUUAAACAAAUAACAUCGAUUUUAACUCGAGGACAAGUUUAUGAUGAAUAUGCAGAAUUUUUCAUAGGGUUAAAUAAUAGUGUUAACGUCGAAGCAAUGGGACUGGCAACACCUAGUGUUUCACGUAUGACGUCAGCAAUACCGAGUCGAUCACAUUCACCGGAUAGAGAUAGACAAAUGACUCUUCAGGUAGCUCAAAAACCUUCUCCCAUGACACCUGGCUAUAGUCAAUAUCAAUUAAUAGCUGAUAUGCUUCCAUCGUAUGUUCCUCUUCAAUUGGCUGAUAAAAUUUUAUUUAUUGGUGAAUCAUGGCUUUUAUUAAAAACGAACGAUGAAGAUAGUGAUAAAAAUGCAUUAUCAAUAAGUUCGAUUGAUUACGAUGAACAAAAUAAUCUUGUACAACAACAAUUGCAUGCAUUGACAAUAUCUGAUGAAUUGAAUAUGUUUGAAUUAGAACGUAUUAUUGAACGUGCAAGAAUCGAUUUAUCGUUAACACUGAGAAAUUUGUUUGUUGAUCGUUUUCAUUUGUGUGAUGAACUUGAACAAAUUCGAGGAUUUUAUUUAAUUGAACGUGGAGAGCUUUACACACUAUUUGUUAAUCGUACAAGUCAAUUAUUGUUAAAUACAAAAAAAUCUACCAAUGCUAUUGAAAAUGAUGUUAAUGAAGUUUUUAAACAGUGUGUAAAUGAUUUACAUUUAGAGUCUAUAUUAACCAAUGCUGAUAAAUUUAAAUUUAAACUCAAUUUUCCAGUGACGGAAAAUUCAACACAAGAAGCAAGUAAUGGACGUCGUCGUUUUCUAUCUCGAGUUCAAGGUACAUCCGCAAAUGCGAACAGUCCAUUUGACUUUUGGGCUUGUGGUUGGGCAAAUUUAUCGAUUCAAUAUAAAUUAAAAUAUCCAAUGAAAGCGUUUUUCAGUGAAAAUUGUAAACAACGUUAUAAUGAUAUAUUUCAUUUAUUAAUUGUUCUACGUUAUGUUCAAAUUGAAUUGAACAGUUUAUGGUUGGCAUUAAAAAAUCAAGAUCAAAAUACUCUCAUAUCGCAUUUAAGAAAUGCAAUGUCAUUUUUUAUAAAUAAUUUUCAAUAUUAUAUUCAAAUCGAUGUAUUGGAAUAUAAAUAUCAACAGUUAAUACGCUCAAUAUUAUCCAGUACUGAUUUUCAACAAAUAAAGCAUUUACAUGAAUUAUUUUUAUCUGAUAUUCAGCAACAUUCAUUUAUGCUUUUAGGAACAGCAUAUGAUUCAAUAAGAAAUAUUCUAUCAAUAUGCGUUUCAUUUUGUUUAACAUUAAAACAACAAGAAAACAAUAAUAAUCUUGAUGAAAAUAUUUUACGACAAUUUGGACGAGACUUUAAUUAUGAAGUUAAAAUUUUAUUUGGAAUAUUAGGAAUGGUUCAAAAGCACAAUGCUCUACCACAUUUAGGAGUUUUCUUAACAAGACUUGAUUUCAAUCGAUUUUUGACAAAUAAUAAUGGAUCAUUUGGAGAAUUUUAA